AUGUCCGAAUGGAUUCGGUGUCUUGUCGCACUGGUGGUCUGCUUCCAACAUACAGUCGCAGAUUUUGUUUUGACUCAGUCCCCGUCUAUCUCAACUUCUGCGGGGAAAACUGUAAAGAUCACUUGUACCAUGUCAGGAGACAACGUCGGUAGUUACUACGCGAGCUGGUACUGGCAGAAACCCGGCAGCGCCCCUGUGUAUGUGUGGCAUGAAAGCUAUGGCAGAGCUUCCGGUAUUCCAGAGCGAUUUACCGGUUCCGUAGACUCAUCUAGCAGCAAGAUGUGCUUAACCAUUGACAACGUGCAAGCGGAGGACGACGCCGAAUAUUACUGCGCUGUAGGUAAAAAUUAUGUCAUCACCUUCGGAAAAGGAACCAAACUGAAUUUAGGCAAUCCACAACCCCCCGUGGUGUCCGUCCUCGGACCUUCGACAGAAGAACUCAGGGGAAAGGGCACCGCCACCCUGGUGUGUUUGGUGAGUGGGUUUAAUCCGGGCGCUGUGAAUAUCGAGUGGACUAUGGAUGGUAAUACCAGAAAGAAUGGCGUUGAGACCAGCCGGAUCCAGCAGGACACGGACAACACGUUCAGUGCGAGUAGUUACCUGACUCUGCCCGCCUCAGACUGGAACUCACACGAGCUUUUCUCCUGCGUGGUUAAACACGAGACUCAAGCAGCCCCACUUAAAGCAAACGUCAUGAGAUCCAGCUGUAUCUAAUUCAAGCAAUCUAUGUACCGAUUCAUUACAUUUGAAAAUAAGUGUCUCGUUUCGACGUUGCCUCUUUGAUUUUGUUGGAUACAUUUUCGGUCAUAGCAGAUGAACAGUGAUUGCUUGAAUGCAUUGUCUGUGGUAUGCCAGUGUCAUUUUACCAGUGGAGUAACGUAAUUAAAUCUCUUAUCUCCCAUAGUGACCUAUACUUGCGUACUAACAAUAGUAAUAUUUUGAACAUCUGAAUAUUAAUAAAUUGAUGAUU